AUGCGCUUUGCGGACAUCCUCAUCGACUUGGCCUCGGUGGCUCAGGCCACCAAGGGUGUGGCCUCGCGGCACUGGGAGCUCCGGGCGCGGCAGAUCGACCGGUAUAGCCGGACUUCCAGCAUCGCGAGGUCACUAAGGAACCAGCAGGCAGGCCGAGAUGCUCGCACCACUCCUGCGGCCGCACCGGCGGGUGCUGAAUCGGGGACACCUCCAGCCUCGCCAGCCUCGACUUCUGCAACAGCAACAACGUCAAAAUCAGCGUCGGCACCGUCCGCGGUGGCCACCGCCCCAGCAGAUCAUGCCUCUGUGAGAGUCGGAAUUACGGACGCCAGGUCGCCACAGAAAGAGCCUGCGGCUUGGCAGCAGCCUGUGAAGGAGAACAAGCUGGAAGAUGAUGCACCACCAGGCGUGAACCUCGAUGUUUUCCACACCACGCGUGGAUCGCAGCUGCGCGAUGGAAAGAACGAUUCUGCGGCGCUGAAGCGUCCGAUCACACCACCACCAUCGCCGAGCUGGUUCAAAGACUUCGGUCAUGGCAAGGGAGAAUCGGUCGAGGUGAAGAAUGAGCCCGUCAAGGAAACGACAGUCCCGUCGCAGGCACCGCCUUCACAACCGUCCCCAUCGUCACAGGAAGUCAAUCCUCAGACAGACACCGCGACAAGUCCAGCAACACCACCAAGAAAAGAUAUUGAGCCAAAAGCACCUCAGACUAAGGCUGUUGAGGAGAACACAGAGAAGCUCGAGAAGAUUCUAGCGGAAUCCGGAGCACAGCAGGCGGCCUCACCAGCCGCACCCCUGCCGCCUUCGAACACAGAGUCUGAUAAUACUCGGUCAAGGCAUGCUUUGAGAGAAUCAAAAGUCCCAGCCUCUCGCUUCAGCCGGAUGUGGAAUUACGGUGGCCUUGCUGCCGGCAUGUUGGGCGGUGCCAUUACGGAAACUUUCAGUCGAGGCCUCGGUGGUGGCGGCUCGGGAUCUGUCAUGCUCAGCGCUGGGAACAUGGAAAGAUUGGUGGCCAAACUAUCCAGAAUGCGUGGCGCCGCCUUGAAAUUGGGGCAGAUGAUGAGCUUCCAGGACGCAAAAAUGCUUCCUGCACCAAUACAGGAGGUGCUCCAGCGUGUCCAGGAUCGGGCAGACUAUAUGCCAUCGUGGCAACGAGAUCGCGUUUUGACGGCCAGUCUUGGGCCUCAAUGGCGAGAUCUGUUCGAAGAGUUCAGCGAGACGCCAAUCGCCGCAGCCUCAAUCGGGCAAGUCCACACAGGAGUUCUGAAGGCUACUGGGGAGAAGGUGGCCAUCAAAAUCCAGUUUCCUGGCGUGGCAGAUUCGAUAACCAGCGACCUUGACAACUUGUCUAUGCUGCUGACUGCGUCGAAACUGCUGCCCAAAGGCCUAUAUCUUAACAAGACCAUUGACAACAUGCGCACAGAGCUCGGAUGGGAGUGCGACUACAUACGCGAGGCCGAAUGCGCCGCGCGGUACCGGGAACUCCUUGUCGACGAGCCUGAUGUCUUUGUCGUGCCCAAGAUGUACGCUGAGGCAUGUGGCAAGCACGUGCUCACGAUGGAGUUCAUGCAGGGCGUUGGCGUGACACGGGUCAAGUCGUUCACCCAGGAGCAGCGCGACUGGAUCGGGACACAGAUCCUACGCCUGUGCUUGCGCGAGCUCACAGAGUUCCGCUUCAUGCAGACGGAUCCGAACUGGACCAACUUCCAGUACAAUGCGGCCACCAACAAGCUCGAGCUGCUCGACUUCGGCGCGAGCCGCGAGUUCCCUCUCGAGUUCGUCGAGCAGUAUGUCAACCUUCUUGCGGCGGCCGCCCGUUCCGACAGGCCGCGCGUCAAGGAGCUCUCUGAGUCCCUGGGCUACCUGACGGGCCACGAGAGCACGACCAUGGUCGACGCGCACAUCACCUCGGUGCUCACCCUGGCCGAGCCGUUCCUGGGCUCCGCACCCGAAGUGUACGACUUCCAAGACCAGACCAUCACCGAGCGUGUCAAGGCCCUGAUACCGGUGAUGAUCAACGAGCGCCUCGCGCCGCCGCCGGAGGAGACGUAUAGUUUGCACCGCAAGCUUAGUGGUGCAUUCCUCUUGUGUGCACGGCUUGGCAGCCGCGUAGCGUGCCGCGAGUUGUUUGAUGAUGCGAUCAAGCGGGCUCCUUUCCCGGUGGAGAGGUAA